AUGAAUAUAUGUUGCAGAGAUACAUCAGUCGUACCUUUGGCCAGAAAUUUAAGUGCGUCCCUUGAAGAUGAAAGGGAUUUGACAGAUGAUGUUCUAGAAAACAGCGAGUGUCACAAUGGAGAAGAUAGCACAGUGAUAUCUGAGGCUGGUUCUCACAAAUCUGAUAAUUUGGACUGUCACUCAGCCUUGAAAGAUACAAAAGAUGCAUUUCCUAAUGAGAAGACUGAUGAGCCUGAAGGUGAAGACAAGCUGGGAGAUAUUCCUAAUGGAAUCUUAGAUCCAAAGGGAUCUGAUAAUAUUGCUGUCUCUGAAGACUCAUACGAGAUUGACAACUUGACCGAGGAAUUGAUAGCUGAGAACAACGGGGGCUCUCAUGCUGAUGAGACAAAUUCAAUAGACAUAUUGGUUGCUGAUACCAUUGAGGAUAUUUCUGAAAAGGUCUUGGAUCAUUCUUCAUCUGCAGAAUUUAUGGAGCCAAUAGAAGGGAGUGCAGAAGAAUAUGCGAAUCACGCUCCACAGGAAAUUGAAUGCCAGAAGUUAGUUGGCAAAGAUUGUGAUACCAAUGCAGUACAUGAUGCUCUAGCCAAACUUCCCAAAGCUGAAGGGGAUGUCGAUGGCAAAGCAUCCCAAAAUGUUUCAGUUCUCCCCAAAGGUUAUAUGGUUUCAUCAGAAAAAAUGGAAAAUGAAGAUGAUGAUCCAAAUGAAAUUGUUCCUGAGUCAAAUAUUGUUGAUGCAUUCCUCGGUGAUUCAGACAUUGACGAUGACACCGGAUCUGACAACAAUUCUUUAGCUGAUGAACUACAAGAGGAAGUUUCAUGUGAACAAAAAGGCAUUUCUAUUCCAACAGCCGCCUAUAGCUCUGAGGAUCCAAUGACUAGUAAUAUGGUGGAUGAAGAAGCCUUGGUUGAAGUAAAUGUAGCUGAUGAACUACAAGAGGAAGUUUCAUGUGAACAAAAAGGCAUUUCUAUUCCAACAGCCGCCUAUAGCUCUGAGGAUCCAAUGACUAGUAAUAUGGUGGAUGAAGAAGCAUUGGUUGAAGUAAAUGUAGCUGAUGCUGAAAUAAUCCAUGUGAGUUCAUUUCAUAAUGCUUUCCAAUCGGUUAUGGAUGAUAUCCCAGUUCACAAGAUGCUAGAUUAUGGUGAUGCAGAAGCAUUGGUUGAUGUCUGUGUUAAGUCAGAACCAAUGACUAGUAAUAUGGUGGAUGAAGAAGCAUUGGUUGAUGUAAAUAUAGCUGAUGCUGAAAUAAUCCAUGUGAGUUCAUUCCACAAUGCUCUCCAAUCUGUUGUGGAUGAUAUGGAGGAUGGAGAAGCAUUGGUUGAUGUAAAUGUAGCUGAUGCUGAAAUAAUCAAUGUGAGUUCAUUCCAUAAUGCUUUCCAAUCUGUUAUGGAUGAUAUCCCAGUUCACAAGAUGCUAGAUUGUGGUGAUGCAAAAGCAUUGGUUGAUGUCUGUGUAAAGUCAGAACCAAUGACUGGUAAUAUGGUGGAUGAAGAAGCAUUGGUUGAUGUAAAUGUAGCUGAUGCUGAAAUAAUCCAUGUGAGUUCAUUCCAUAAUGCUCUCCAAUCUGUUAUGGAUGAUAUCCCAGUUCACAAGAUGCUAGAUUAUGGUGAUGCAGAAGCAUUGGUUGAUGUCUGUGUAAAGUCAGAACCAAUGACUAGUAAUAUGGUGGAUGCAGAAGCAUUGGUUGAUGUCUGUGUAAAGUCAGAAGUUAUGGAUGAUAUCCCAGUUCACAAGAUGCUAGAUUGUGGUGAUGCAAAAGCAUUGGUUGAUGUCUGUGUAAAGUCAGAACCAAUGACUGGUAAUAUGGUGGAUGAAGAAGCAUUGGUUGAUGUAAAUGUAGCUGAUGCUGAAAUAAUCCAUGUGAGUUCAUUCCAUAAUGCUCUCCAAUCUGUUAUGGAUGAUAUCCCAGUUCACAAGAUGCUAGAUUAUGGUGAUGCAGAAGCAUUGGUUGAUGUCUGUGUAAAGUCAGAACCAAUGACUAGUAAUAUGGUGGAUGCAGAAGCAUUGGUUGAUGUCUGUGUAAAGUCAGAAGUUAUGGAUGAUAUCCCAGUUCACAAGAUGCUAGAUUAUGGUGAUGCAGAAGCAUUGGUUGAUGUCUGUGUAAAGUCAGAACCAAUGACUAGUAAUAUGGUGGAUGAAGAAGCAUUGGUUGACGUAAAUGUAGCUGAUGCUGAAAUAAUCCAAGUGAGUUCAUUCCACAAUGCUUUCCAAUCUGUUGUGGAUGAUAUGGAGGAUGGCGAAGCAUUGGUUCAUUUAAAUGUAGCUGAUGCUGAAAUAAUCAAUGUGAGUUCAUUCCAUAAUGCUCUCCAAUCUGUUAUGGAUGAUAUCCCAGUUCACAAGAUGCUAGAUUAUGGCGAUGCAGAAGCAUUGGUUGAUGUCUGUGUAAAGUCAGAACCAAUGACUGGAAAUAUGGUGGAUGAAGAAGCAUUGGUUGAUGUAAAUGUAGCUGAUGCUGACAUAAUCCAUGUGAGUUCAUUCCACAAUGCCCUCCAAUCUGUUGAGGAUGAUAUCCCAGUUCACAAGAUGCUAGAUUAUGGUGAUGCAGAAGCAUUGGUUGCUGUCCGUGUAAAGCCAGUGGAGGAAUUUGCAGAGGCCGCCCAGGAAAUCCUUCCAGAGGAGAAGACUCCCACCGCUGCAAAGCCAAGGACUCGUUGCCCUUCUCUUUUCCCAAACAGUGCGAUUACAACCUCAAUGCCAUUGUCACCAUUGACAGCUCAAUUUUCUCAGCUAACUCGUUUCACACCAAGGAAAUCUUCAAGCAAGAAACAGACAACAAUUCCAAAGGUGACACAAGUUUCAGAUAACAACAAUAAGGAGAACAUUGACAAAAACAACAGUGCAAAAGAGGUGACGGAGCCUAGUCUGGGAAAGAUGAAGAAAAACAAGAAUAUCGUUGAUGAGGAAACCAUGCAGCAAUUGGAAAGUAUGAGUCUAAGGAAUCUAAAGAAGCUGACCAAGAAGUUUGACAAACUACAGAUCACUGGCAAUAUGAAGAACAAAGAAGAUAAGAAUGACAGUAAGGCAUUUGGGGAGACAAUACCAGCCUUGCAAACACUGCCACAGAACUGAAUGCGCACUGAAGAAGCAGAGAAGCAAAACUGAAACAAGUAUAGAA